AACUGGACCGGAAACAGCAUAAAUGACAAAUAAAUUAUGUUUGUUCCGUUGAAAACGUAAGAUACAUAGCCUGACAUCAUAGAAAAACAAACUGAAAUGGCCACGAGUCCUCCUAUACAGAGUCCGAAAACUGGUUCACCUAGUCCCAAUGACAGUCUUAAAAGAGAUGCGGCGAAAAAAGGAUGGAUGGGGACAUUGACUCGGCGGAAGAAAACAGACGAAGUGAAUGCAUUGGAAACAGAAGGGAAAAAUGCUAUUGACACCCCACUGUCACCUUCUGUUAUUGUACCCAACAGCUUUAAACUGGAGGAGACCGAAGAGAGGUCAAUGGUUGAACCAGCAUCAUUAGAAGAUCCAAAAGUUCAUGAAUUGAUGGAUAAUCUGGUGGAAUGGAUGAACAUCAUAUUGGCCGACAAAAGAAUAGUUAUUAAAGAGUUGGAGGAGGACUUGUAUGAUGGUCAGGUUCUAUCAAUAUUAAUGGAAAAAUUGGCAAAAAUAAAGUUUGAGUUCUCCGAAGUAACUCAGUCAGUUGGGGGACAGAUUGAAAAAUUGGAGAUCAUUUUAAAUAAAGUUGAUCAACUGCUGGGAAUCAAUAAGAAUGAAGCAAAAUGGAGUGCUAAAAAGAUACACAAAAAGGAUAUUGUCGCCAUUCUCCAUUUGUUGGUUAGUUUAAAAGAACACUUCUCUCCAAACGAUCCAAUCCCACCCGGAGUUUACAUGAAAGUCGUCGUUGUGCAGAAACAAGAUGGUCUCUUGAACAGUAGAAGAAUUAAUGUACAAAUCACCAAAGAUACAGAGGAAAUUGAAUUAGAAAAACAGCGACGUCGAGAAAGAGAUGCUUUCGACGCUCUUUUUGAGAAUGCGCCAGAAAAACUGAAUGUCGUUAAAAAGUCGUUACAAAAUUUUGUGAAUCGCCACCUUACGAAACUCAACCUCGAAGUUAACGACAUCGACACGCAGUUCCAUGACGGCGUUCAUCAUCUUUUGAUCGGUUUAUUGGAAGGAUAUUUUGUUCCUUUGUAUAAAUUCAAAGUGACGCCAUCAGGAUUUGAGGAAAAAGUUAAAAACGUUUCGUUUGCAUUCGAGCUAAUGGAUCUUUCGUCUGUUCCGUAUCCCAGAUGCUCUCCGGAAGAUAUCGUAACCAAAGACCUGAAAUCGACCCUGAGAAUUCUUUACGCUUUAUUUCAAAAAUACAAAAAUACUAAAUGAAUCCGACCAUUUAUAAAUAUAAAUUAGUUAUAAUUAUGGUUAAUGCGCUUGAAUUAGUUUUUUACGCUGACUCGAAUCGUAAGUUGAAAAAUAAAAUCAUAUAUAUUUGUCAA